CUCACCUCCACGACGACCUGUGCUCGCUCCUCACUACGUAUCCACCGUAGGGACAGAUACUAAUUGCUCUCGGGAGUAAUUGCUCUCGGGAGUCACCACAUGCCCGCAGGGGAAUACCACCCCAACAACGUCACUGAACCCAUCAUAGCAGCGUUGUUACCUGUUUCUCCGAAGGGAAGUGACUUGGACGACCAUGGAUCAAAACGAAGCUAGAGAAUUCCUCACCUCUCUCCUGAACAAAGUCUUCCGCGUCACCACCACUGAUGGCCGGACCUUCGUAGGGGAAUUCAAAUGCACCGAUGCCCAACCAAACGUUGUGCUCGCAAAUACCCACGAGAUCAGGCGGCCUACGGAACAGCACUUGGCCGAUGCGGCAGCUAAGACGGAGCCCGGAGCGAUGAAAGUGAAGAUGGAUGUGAUGUCGCGCUUUCUCGGUCUCGUUACGAUCCCGGGGGAGCAUAUCGUGAAAAUGGAGGUUGAGGAGUUUGCAAGCCAGGUGAAAGGGAAAAACCCUUAUGCAUUUGCUGCUGUUAUCUAAAAGGAGAAGAUGGAAGGAACGGCGUCGAGAGCUCUUUGAUUUGACCGAUGGGUCGGUCUAAAGGCAGCCCUGGGAGCUGGGAGCUGGCACAAAUCA